AUGGAUCGUCGCGCGCCUACUCAUUCGCAUCAUGGCUACUAUUGGGACGACUGGACGGGUCCCGACGACAUGCGAGCCAUGUGGGACCUGCCAGGCGUUCGGACGGUGUGGGAGCGGCGGCGAGAAGCAUCGGGGAAGGUUCCGUUCGAGAUGAAGCGGGUCGGCGACAAGCUCGUGCCGUACAUCGGCCUUGAAGAGCUACAAGGAGUGACGUUAAUUCUUCUGCGCCGCCACUUCAGCGGGCGGGGCAAGCGGUUGUGGUCGACAGGGUUCGCGGGAAAUGAAGGCGACGCGGUGCUGGCCAUGUGCGCCGUGGCGCGCGUGGAGAGCGCGUGGCAGCCCCUGGCGUACCGCUUCGAGCCCCGCCUUGGGGAGGCGAGCACUGGGCUCAUGCAGGUGCUGCAGUCGUCAGCGGAGUGGCUAGCGAGGGACAUGGGGUACCGUGCAUACACAAUAGACUGGUCCUCCUCCAUGCUCUACCGCCCCUUCGAGGCCAUGUACUACGGCAUGGCGUACCUCGCAUGGCUCACCACGUACAAGGGCACGUGA